UUUCAACAAUUCCAUGGAAAAUUGUCUAUUAUUUUUCGGGAUUUUUGCCAAUUCGCGUGUUUGUUUGUGUUUUGUCUGUUUAAAAAUCCUCAAAGCCGUUCUUCAUAUAGUUAUGGGCAUAUAUUUUUUUAAUAUGUUUCUGGCUGUUUUCAAGCUCCUUCCCCUUUUCUUUUUUAAAAAAAUGUUGACAAUCCUCAUCCACUUGUUUUCUUUUCAAUAGAUAGACAAUUUAAAAACUCACUCCCUUUUUGCUUUAUUUUUCCCCUUUUAUUUUCAUAGCUAGUUGGCACCUCGUCAACAUAUUUAGAGGCAGCGGGCAAAUCUAAAUGUCCUUUUAUUUAGUUGAUAGCGUAAGGAUGUCAUUUCGGCCUCAGCUUUAAGGGACAUGGGGGAAGGUGAGGAAUCGUUAGGCGUUGCUAAAUCUGUCCUCGCAUUUUAUAUUUCUUUUUGUUCUUAAUCCGUUCUCGCUGCCACACAUACACGCAACCAAGCAUCUGGAGCUAACUACCAUUAAGAGAGUUAAAAAUGUAAAAAAUAGUAAUAUGGGGGCUGUAACAAAUUGACAAGUUUUAAAUCGAUUUUUAUUACUUUG